GGGGGCAUCGGUAUCCUGAGCAACGGCUUCAGUGGCGACUCCUUCGCCGCUGCCAUCGCGCUCAUGUGCUUGGCCUCCGUGGGCAGCUCGCUGUUCGCUGGCUGCCGCGGGGGCUUCUUCAUCUUCAUCACAUCCCGCCUCAACUUCCGCACCUGCGACCAGCUCUUCUCCCACCUCGUGCGUCAGGAGCUGGCUUUCUUCCAGCAGGUCAAGACAGCCGACCUCACCUCCCGGCUCGCCACGGACGUGCCCAUGAUGAACAACGUGGUGCCCCUCAAUGUCAACAUCUUCCUGCGGAACCUGGUGAAGGCCCUGGGGCUCUUCGGCUUCAUGCUGGGGCUGUCGCAGCGCCUGACGCUGCUCACGCUGCUGGAGCUGCCCCUCGCCAUCGCCGCCCGCAAGCUCUAUGACGCCAUCCUGGAGGCCAGGGUGCGCGCCGGGGUGGUGGUGCAGGAGGCCGUCUCCUCCAUCGAGACGGUGCAGGGCUUCGCCGCCGAGGAGGAGGAAACGCGCCGCUACGACCGGGUGCUGGCCGAGACACAGCGGCUGAAGGACCAGCGGGACCUGGAGCGGGCCCUCUUUGUGCUCUUCCAACGGGUGCUGCAGCUGGCUAUGCAGGUGCUGAUGCUCUACUGCGGGUACCAGGAGAUCCGUGAGGGCGUCCUCACUGCAGGCAGCCUCGUCUCCUUCAUCCUCUACCAGGGUGGUAUCAGCCGUCACGUGCAGGCACUGGUGUACAUGUACGGGGACCUGCAGAGCAAUGUGGGAGCUGCCCGCAAGGUCUUCGAGUACCUGGACCGGCAGCCGGUGGUGGGCAUGGUCGGCACACGGGACGUCUCGUUUGAGCUGCGCCCCGGGGAGGUGACGGCGCUGGUGGGACUGAACGGCAGCGGGAAGAGCACCUGCGUGGGGCUGCUGGAGCGUUUCUACGAGCCCCAGAGCGGGGAGGUGCUGCUGGACGGGGUGCCACUGCGGGAGUACGACCACAAGUACCUGCACCGCCAGGUGGCCCUGGUGGGCCAGGAGCCCGUGCUCUUCUCUGGCUCCAUCCGCGACAACAUUGCCUACGGGCUGGAGGGCUGCGGGGAGGAGGAGAUCAGGGCCGCAGCCCGAGCCGCCGACGCCUUGGACUUCCUGCAGCAAUCAGUGCUGCGAGAGGGCACCCGGACCGUGCUGCUCAUCGCACACCGCCUGCGGACAGUGGAGAGCGCUGACCGCAUAGCUGCUGGCCCGCUGCGGGCCCUACUCACGCCUGGUGCAGAGCGACCACUGCAAGUGACGGCCCGCUGGC